UUUGUUAUUGUUGCCUCAUGAUUGUUGCAAUCCACUGCAGAGGUUUUAUAGCUUUCUCUGAAUUUCCCCAAUAUCUAGUCCGGCAGUUUAUUCCCUUUUUUUUGUUAACACUGCAGCUAUCUGUGUGAUUGCAUUGCCAGGUGGCAAUCUAUAUUCGAAUUUUAUCAUCGCUCGUUCCUCCCGGAUAUUGUUAUUUUUUUUCUUUUUAUGGAGGAUCUGCCAACGGCUAAGUCUAGUGUUGCUGGGGAUAGCCUUGGAGAUAUGACUGUCAGUGUCAAUUUGGAACAGUCUACUCCGGGACAACUGUCAAGUCCAAUCCAGCCUGACAGAAAUGGAAAUGGGAGGAAAGUGAAAAGAUACAUUCACUGCAGCGAUGGGGUUUAUGAAGAAUUCAGCAGCGACGAAGAAGGUGUCUACCAGGUCCCUGCCGGUACCUCCCUGGUAGAUCCUAAAACAAUGACGUGGAUGCCUUGGUUCUCCCAUGUGUCUUCCAAAGCCCUGGCUGCUUGUGAUUAUGUCGGGGAGACUCUUGCAGACUUCCUUGGAAUCACUGCCCCAAAAUACCAGUAUGAAAUUGAUGAGGCUAAACGAAUGCAGGAAGAAGAGAAGGCUGAGAAGAGAGCUGUCGAUCUGGAAAUGGCAGGGUGGAGAGAUCAGAGUCCAUCCACUCCAAACCCAAACCGUCCACAAGUUCCCCAAACUAGCACCCCAGCUUCGAUUCUUCCUAAUGUCAUUCCAAACCAGCCAGCCACCGCUGGCACCCACAUCUAGUUCCUUCAUUCACUAUUACAUCACGUGUUAUUUCUUACUCUUCCCACUAUAUCCACACCAACAGAUGGCUCUGUCCAUGCCUUUAGGUUUGUUUUGUUUCCUAAAUAAUAUCCUGGCCGCUUUACAAGCAAAUUUCUAGCCGUUUUUCCCUUGUCAAAAAUUUUGUACUAUAAUGUUUACCAACUGUUGAGAGAGUUUCGUUCAAAUAUGAAAAGCCUGGCUAUAGGUAAGGGA